GACAGCGGUUGACAACGUUGGACACCGAAGAUUUUCUAAGUCUACAUGAAAAUGUCUUCAACAGUGUUGUACACUCUGUUGACCAUAUGUUUCUUUGUGUGCUAUGGUUUAAAAAUAGACAUGAAGAGAGAAUUAUUUUACCAGGGCAGGGAAUUGUUUUGUGCACAACUCCAGUGUACAGAAAACAUAAGAGAAGACACUCAGAUAUCAGCUCUGGUCAACAUGUCAGUCUAUGUGAUCAACGAACCAGGGGACAAGAUAAUGUUGGCGUCUGUUUCAGGAUCAGAUUCAAAGGCUCGAGAUUACAAAGUGCCUGGGGUUUUUGUGGACGGGAAUAUAUCCCACCAUGGCGAGGAACUGCAGUUGUUUUUGUCCAAUGAUUCCGCUUGCCAUGAAAAGAUAUUGAAAUGUGAAAUAUAUUUCACGUAUAAGACAGGAGAGAUUGGGUUCACAGAAGAAAAGACUGCACCAUACCGAAAAGAAAACAUGCGGAAAUCAGAUUUGAUGAUGAGUUUAAAAGCUAAAACUCUAAACUAUGUUAAAACUGUGGACACUAUGGCAGGUUUUCUAAAAACUUUUGAAGAUCUGGAUAAACUUAAAGGAGCUGACAUGUCAAUGUCAUUACAGAUGUCACAUUCAAGUAGCGAUGAACAUAGAAAUGACAUUAACAGCCUUCCAGUCAACAAAGGAAUCACAGAUAAUUAUAAACAAAAUGAAUCUUCUAAUGGAAUGGACAUCAUCCAAUCAUCUUUAAACAAGUUGACACAAGAUUUUAGAGUCCAAAUGAACUUUAUCAAUGAACGAUUAAGUAGGGUGGAAGAGGAAUUAAACAAAACUUUAACUGAACUUAAUAAAACCAAAAACGUAUGUAUUACCCCAAAGGAUACAGUGGAAGAAAAAAAUCAAUCUUCAGUAUGGGCAAUAGAACAGUGCACAAAAAAUUUCAAUUCACAAUGGCCAAGCCGUCAGAUUGUGCAAUUGGACGUAUCAAAAUUGACUUUGUGUGACACUAAAACUGACUAUGGCGGAUGGAUCUUAAUUCAGGUGGUGAUGGCUGCGUCUUAA